AUGCAUUUGACUCCGAAAGAGCUCGACAAGCUGGUCAUUUCGCAAGUUGGCCAGCUUGCGCAGCGUAGAUUGGCACGCGGUGUCAAGCUGAACCAGACCGAAGCGACGGCUUCAGCCCAAGUAACGCGUUCCGAUAGNCUUAUCCGCGAUGGCAACCACUCGGUGGCAGAUCUCAUGUCCUUGGGCAAGACCAUCCUCGGUCGCCGUCAUGUCCUCCCGCCCGUAGUCAACUCUCUGGUCGAGCUCCAAGUCGAGGGAACCUUUCGCUCUGGCACCUACCUGGUCACCGUCCACCACCCCAUCAGCUCGGAGGACGGCAACCUUGAGAAGGCCCUAUACGGCAGCUUCUUGCCUGUACCGGACAAAGACAUCUUCCCUCAUGCCGACCCCUCAGAGUACGCCCCUGAGAAACAACCCGGCGCAGUCGUACCCCUGAAGAACGGCAAGAUUGUCCUGAACAAAGACAGAAAGAGGAUACAAUUGAAGGUUGUCAGCAAGGGAGACCGUCCGAUCCAGGUACGUUGUUGCGACUGUAAGAGAAAGGGGAUGGCGAUUUUGACGCGCUUANNGGUUGGGUCACACUACCAUUUUGUCGAAACCAAUCCUCUACUCGACUUCGAUCGUGUCAGAGCCCUUGGCUACAGAUUGGAUAUUGCUGCUGGAACUUCCGUCCGUUUCGAACCCGGCGACACCAAGACUGUCAAUCUUGUCCAGAUUGGUGGUAAUCAGGUCAUCAAAGGUGGUAAUGGUCUUGCUACUGGUUCUCUUCAUGAUGCUAGGAUUGCCGAAUCUCUUGUUGAGAAACUGCAGAAGGGCGGUUUCCAUCACACUCCCGAGCCUGCCGGCGAUUCUACUCACCUUGACAUGUUUACCCUGGAGCGUGAAGCUUACAUUUCCAUGUUUGGUCCUACUACUGGUGAUCUCGUGCGCCUGGGUGCUACUGAUCUUUGGAUUAAGGUCGAGAAAGACUUCACCAUAUACGGUGAUGAGUGCACCUUUGGCGGUGGCAAGAGUAUACGUGAUGGCAUGGGUCAAGCUUCUGGACGCUCAGAUAUCGACUGCUUGGAUCUGGUCUUGACCAACGCUCUGAUUGUUGACUACACUGGUAUCUACAAAGCUGAUAUUGGUGUCAAGAAUGGCAUCAUCGUGGGCAUUGGUAAAGCUGGCAAUCCCGACAUUAUGGACGGUGUCGAUCCUAACAUGGUCAUCGGUUCCAACACCGAUGUCAUUGCUGCUGAAAAGGAUAUUGUCACUUAUGGUGGCUUUGACAGUCACAUCCAUUUCAUUUGCCCUCAGCAAGCCCCUGAAUCGCUUGCCUCAGGAGUCACCACCCUUUUGGGAGGUGGUACUGGACCAAGCACUGGCACUAACGCCACAACUUGUACACCAAGCGCGUGGUUGAUCGAGAGUAUGCUCCAAGCUACUGACGUUAUACCGCUCAAUGUUGGUAUCACUGGCAAGGGUAAUGAUAGUGAGCCUGGUCCUCUACGCGAGCAGGCCGAGGCUGGUGUGUGCGGUCUCAAAUUGCACGAGGAUUGGGGAUCCACACCUAGGGCUAUCGACACUUGUCUCAGUGUAUGCGAUGAACAUGACAUACAGACUCUUAUCCAUACCGACACCCUGAACGAAUCCGGCUUCGUCGAGACCACCGUUGCAGCCUUCAAGGGUCGCACCAUUCACAGUUAUCAUACUGAGGGAGCUGGUGGUGGUCACGCACCAGACAUCAUCUCGGUCGUCGAGCACGAGAAUGUGCUUCCAUCCAGUACUAAUCCGACCAGACCCUACACCAACAACACACUCGACGAGCACCUCGACAUGCUUAUGGUGUGUCACCAUUUAUCACGUAACAUUCCCGAGGAUGUGGCCUUCGCCGAGAGUCGCAUCCGAGCAGAAACGAUCGCGGCGGAAGAUGUGUUGCACGAUCUGGGCGCCAUCAGUAUGAUGAGUUCAGAUUCACAGGCCAUGGGACGCUGUGGAGAAGUCAUCCUCCGCACCUGGAACACUGCCCACAAGAACAAGCAGCAAAGAGGAUUCCUGGCCGAGGAUGAAGGCACCGGCGCAGAUAACUUCCGAGUCAAACGCUACGUCUCUAAAUACACCAUCAACCCUGCCAUCGCACAAGGAAUGUCCCACAUCAUCGGCUCCAUCGAAGUCGGCAAGCUAGCCGAUCUCGUCCUCUGGCAUCCCUCCAAGUUUGGCACCAAGCCCACUCAGGUCAUCAAGGGUGGUAUGGUGGCGUACAGUCUGAUGGGCGAUGCCAAUGCUAGUAUCCCCACGGUAGAGCCCAUGAUGAUGAGACCAAUGUUUGGCGCCUCGGUGCCUCACAACAGCAUCGCUUUCGUUAGCAAAGCAGCCCAAGCCAAGGGUGUACGUAACAAGUGUGGCUUGAGGAAGCGUGUCGAAGCUGUCAAGAAUUGCAGAAAUAUCGGCAAAUCUGACAUGAAGUUCAACGACGUCAAGCCUAAGAUGAAAGUUGAUGCUGAGAGUUAUACUGUUGAGGCAGAUGGCAUGAUUUGUGAGGCUGAACCGUCAAGUGAGCUGCCUCUUGCUCAGACUUACUACGUCUAUUAA